ACCUGGCAACCGUCAUCCCAUCGGUCUGUUUCACAUUCUGUCAUUGGGCAGGACAGUAACAUUAUUUCAUAUUAGCGACACUUUUUCUGACAACCAGAGCUGUCAUUUUACAGCAGAAGCAUGGGCUCGGGAGAGAGUACGACAAGAAAAGUGUCCUUCGGUGUGGACGAUGAGGACAGAGUCAGGAUUCUCCGUGGAGUCAAGCUGUCAGAAGAUGUUCUACAGAGGAUGAGAGGAGUUGCCAACAUUGCCCCAGAAUGCACGUCAUCACCUGCCUCAAGCCCUCAGAAAGACACAGCUGCCUCUCGCAGUGCCAGCUCAGGUUCUCAACCUCAACAAGGCCCACAGCAGCAGGAAAAACCCAACACCCAGUCCAGCAAGUCAGCCUUCUUCACCGAGGAAGAGCAGAGGAGGUAUGAACACCAACAGAAAAUACUGAAGGAAGAGUGGGCCAAGAUGGCACAAAGAGAGAAGGAGGCAGCAAAGGAGGAGAUGGCCAAAGCCAUGAGCCGGGAAAGACAACAUACACGGCUGGAAGCUGAGAGGACCAAACAGUUGUCUGCAGAUGAGAUGGAAGCAAUGGUUCAGAAGCUACAGAAGAAAGACUGUCAGCUGAAAGCACUGGAGGCCUUCUACAAGGAGCAACUGGCACAACUGGAGAAGAGGAAUCUGGAAAGAUAUGAACAAAGCAAAGAACAGUUCCACCAAGCUGCCUCCAAGACAGAAGAAACUGUCAGGGCUCGCAGUACAGCAGCAGUGUGUCCUGGCCUGCAGGCUCAGAUUUUAUCCUGUUACAGGGACAACAAAGACCAGACCUUAAAGUGUUCUGACCUGGCCAAAGAAUACAUGAAGUGCAUCAAUGCAGCAAAAAAGAACCUGCUGGUCAACCAUGGAUGAAGAGUGGGAGGAAAAGGGUAAAACAGUUACAUGACGAAAGCUUUGACUUAGGCACUAAAGGCAGCACUGGUUGCGUUCUUGUUUUGCUUUAUGAAAGAGAUGGUUUGCUGUUAGCAUGCCUUGUUUUUUUCUUUUUUUUUUUA